UCUGAUUCAUUUUGUUCCCAUCGCUUGUUUUUUUGGUUUUUUUUUUAUUUUUGCCACUUUUGCGGCGGCAGGAAACCGUUCUGUUCUAUUAUUAUUAUCAUGUUGUGCUGUAAUUCGAAACGGUCAAAACAAGCGAUUAAAGUCUCGCUGGCGCUGUCAGUUCUGGUGGACGUUGUCCUGUGCGCCGCCCUUCUUGUUUCAUUAAUCUACUAUUUCUACACUGGAAAAUCAUUUUCCCCGCAUUAUAUUGUCGGCUUCUGCUCGUUUUUCAUACUUUUCUCCGGAUUUUUCAUCUCACUUCUGGUGGCGGUUCACACAAAGGAUAUCCGCGCGAUUUUGGUUUCCGUCGUUUUCACUGUUGCCCGAUUCAUUUGCGCAAUAAUUGUAGUGAUUGCCUGGUUGUCCGAUUACCACGGAAAUCCGACCGAAGAUACGCCAAAAUCGAAAUCCGAGCAGGAAAAUGUGACAGAAGACCCGUAUGAGUGGAUUUCUCAUCGAAAAGCAAUUUUGAUCGCAUUCGCCGGAAUUUACAUCAAGAUUUUUAUCUCGCAAUUGUUUAUUCUCAAUAGAUACUACUCCCACGCGGCGGACACCCAACGAGAAGCCAAACAACGCGAGAUUGAUAUGGAAUUUUAGCGUGGUGUGGAAUUACGUGGAAGUCGAUAAAUCGAUAAUUUCUAAAGAAAAAUUUAAAUUUUAUUUUCGAAUUUAUAAAUUAAUUUUAUCAAUCAAUAAUGCUGAACGUGGAUAUUGGUGCUUAUAAACGAGAUC